GCCCCGCUCGCGUUUGCCCCGCCGCGCAGGCUCAUGGAGGGGCGCUCGGGUUCCCCUAGCGAGCCCCGCGUCUGCCCAGGGCGGGCCGUACUGUGCCGCGGCCCCGUGGAGCCGCUCGUCUUCCUUGCUAACUUUGCCUUGGUCCUGCAGGGCCCGGUCACCACGCAGUAUCUGUGGCACCGAUUCAGUAUUGACCUCGGCUACAAUGGCACGCGCGAUAGGGAUAGCUGCAGCAACCACAGCGCGAACCCCACCAUGCAGGAAGUGGAAACCCUCACCUCCCACUGGACCCUCUACAUGAACGUGGGCGGCUUCCUAGUGGGGCUCUUCUCGUCCACCUUGCUGGGGGCCUGGAGUGACUGUGUGGGCCGCCGCCCGCUGCUGGUGCUGGCCUCGCUCAGCCUGCUGGUCCAAGCCGUGGUGUCCAUCUUUGUGGUACAGCUGCAGCUCCACGUUGGCUACUUCGUGCUGGGCCGCAUCCUUUGUGCCCUCCUUGGCGAUUACAAUGGCCUCCUGGCUGCUGGCUUCGCCUCCGUGGCGGAUGUCAGCUCUAGCAGGAGCCGCACCUUCCGCAUGGCCUUGCUGGAAGCGUGCAUCGGGGUGUCUGGGACGCUGGCGAGCCUUCUUGGGGGCUACUGGCUGCGGGCCCAGGGUUAUGCCAACCCCUUCUGGCUGGCCUUGGCCUUGCUCAUAGCCAUAACUCUCUACGCAGCAUUCUGCUUUGGCGAGACCGUGAAGGAGCCGACCCAAGCCCGGCUCUUCACGCUUCGUCACCACCGAUCCAUUUUCCAGCUGUAUGUGACUCCAUCCCCGGAAAAAUCCAGGAAGCAUUUGGCCCUCUACUCAUUGGCCAUCUUCGUUGUAAUCACUGUGCACUUUGGGGCCCAGGACAUCAUGACCAUCUAUGAGCUGAGCGCACCCCUCUGCUGGGACUCCAAGCUAAUUGGUUAUGGUUCUGCGGCUUACCACCUCCAGUACCUCACCAGCUUGCUGGGCCUUCGGCUUCUUCAGUACUGCCUGGCUGACACCUGGGUGGCCGAGAUCGGCCUGACCUUCAACAUCCUGGGGAUGGUAGUCUUUGCAUUCGCUACCAUCACACCCCUCGUAUUCACAGGAUAUGGGCUCUUCUUCCUGUCAUUAGUGACUACACCUGUCAUCCGGGCCAAGCUCUCCAAGCUGGUGAGCAAGUCAGAGCAUGGUGCUCUCUUCUCUGCUGUGGCCUGUGUGAAUAGCUUGGCUAUGCUGAUGGCUUCAGGCAUCUUCAACUCACUCUACCCAGCCACGCUGAACUUCAUGAAGGGGUUCCCCUUCCUCCUGGGUGCUGGCCUCCUCUUCAUCCCAGCCAUUCUGAUUGGGGUGUUGGAGAAGGUUAAUCCUCACAGUGAAUUCCAGCAAUUUCCUGAGAGCCCCAGAUCUGCCCGGACCGGGGGACAGGACAUUGGAGCGGAGUGACCACUAACCAACUGGAAAGAUACCUCUGCAGUCCCGGCCCACAGCAGCACCAGCAGCUUCUCUCAAAGGGCAGUGCUUACCUUGGACAAGGUGGUCAAGCUAGACCAAGGGUCCCUACCUCAUCCACAGCGUGCCAACCUAUGACUCUAGGAUAUAGAAUCAUACCUCAGAGGCCCAUCAGGGCAGGUGGUGGGGAAGCCACUGAGACAGGAGCCUGAUCACCCUUUAUGCCAUCCGUCAUUUAGAACCCUCCAGGGAAGAGGAGAGGCCCUGAUGGAGGUGAUACUUCAGGAACCAGCUGGCGCAUGAAAGCUGGUAUCUUUACUUCCAGCCAAAAUGGUAUGGCCCAUGGGGCUCAAUUCAUGAUACGUGCACCAGCCACCAGUCACUCUUUAGUGAUAAAUGUCGUGUUCCAUUAGUGCUAGCCUUGUGGGGAGGGAGGACUGUGGGAAGGGCUUGGUGCCCUCUGGAGAGAGAGGGUUGCUGUCUGUGGUGGGGAGCCAGUCCUUGGCUGUGGCCUGCCUGUCCCAGGACUUCACCAUGCCAAUCAUGAUAAUAAAUCCAUAUAAACACAAUGAGAUGAACCUUCUGGCCCCUAAGGCAUGGGGUCUUGGGGCCCCUUGUUUUCCUGCUCCUGGUCUGCCUGCCACAGGUCAGAGAACAGUAGGUGCUGGGAUGGGCAGGAGCCCCUGAGCUGCCCACAGGCUUGGUGCUGGGUGUCGCCAGCCCAGGCCUCAUACAGACACCCAUUUUCUUCUCCUGAGCUGCUGGGAGAUGAGCUGCCAGGCUUGCAGGAGGCUAGCGAAAAAGCUGGGGGUAGUGCCCUGCCACCUCAUUCCUGAGGGUCAGUCAGAGAUUCACUCCUGAAGGGACCAAUACUGGUCUUCCUGGCAGCAGGAAUCAGUCCUGUUACCAUGGAGCCCUCCAAUAUCUCCUAUCAGUGGGCAUUUCAGCAGAGCCAUGUGCUGAAGACCGUCCCCGGUGCCACUGUCGUAGGUCACUGGGAACCUGGGAGAUGAGCCUGAUUCCCCAGAUGACUCGGGGACCUUUGCUUCCCAUGGACACCGAGGGGCCCAUUUCUAGGGAGUUGGGAAGGUCUGGAUCCGAAGUGGAAAGGCAGAAUCUGGCUAAUAUUAAGGCACGGGCACAGACCCAAGUCACGGUGGCACUCGACUCUUCCAUCCAGGGUUGCCCACAGGGCCUUACUCCCCUGCUGCCAUUUCCACCCUCAUUUCCUUUUACUUGCCCUGCCAGCCCGAGUUUCCUGGCCAGAAGUCAUGCAAGUAAAGUGAGGGUGGCCCAGGGCCAGCUGGGGCCUCUGUAGCCUGGGCCUGUUUCCAGGUGCCUGUCUCACUGUUCCCUGUGUAAUUGGGAGACCAAGGUCAGGAGAGGGCCCACCACUGACUGUCAGCAUGAGGUGGCCAGAAGAGUAGGGAAAAGGUCUCAACUGGCCUCAGGCCUGGGUCUACUCUGGGCACUGCCACAGGCUAGCUGUGUGACCAUAAGCAGGCCCCUCUGUGAAGGGGUAGAUCAGCAACACCCCACAUUACCUAAUUGUAGAAAUCCCACGUGAUUAAGCAAGUUUAGGAAACACUGGAUUAGAUGAUGUUCUGAGAUCCCUCCGAAUUCAUACAUUCUAGAAAGCUGCCUCUCUUCAUUGUCCUGCGUGGACCUGGGGAAGGAUGAAUGAACUGUUGCUGAACUUUUGGCCCAAAGGUCAGAAUGGCCUUUAAGUGUCCCUGAGCAGUUCUGGGCCCCUGGGAAUUGGGAUGAAGACCUAGCUGACUCAGCCCCAACCUGGGAGCAGCGGCUGAAGCCUAGCUAAGCAGAAAAUCCUGAGCCUGCAGACCUGGGUCAAAGCAGGCUUUGGGGGGAAGGCUACUUCUCAGCCCUCUGUCUCAGGAUGGGCCAGGCCUGGGUCAAAGAUGAGGGCCGAGGUCCUUGCCAUGGCUGUGGUCUGUGUGGUAUUUGUCAUGGCGAGGCAGUCACCCCUGAAUACACUGGCCGGGUGGGGGGCGGCGGGGGGGCAGUCAUCCCUUCAGCUGCUCUGGCUAGGGCCGGAAUCUGGACUCUAAUUCUCCAGAGAGACAGAAGAGGGGGACAGAGGUCAACCAGAAAGCCAGGCAGUCGAGAUGGGCAACAGUAGAGGGUGUACCAAAAAAAAAGAAAAAAGGACCAGGAAACCUCUCAGAGUACUGCCCAUAGGGGUCUCAGGGGAGCAGGAUGGAUUGGAAACAAAAUGACAAAAAGCUUUGCUGGAAGACACUUGUCACACUGUAUUAUGUCUGUGCCCUGAAGGCAGCAUCCAGUCUGCCUCAUUCACCUUGCCCAGGGCCUCACCCUGGGACUGGCACUGGUGGGGACUCUUGUUGCAUGAAAGAAGGAAAGAGGGUAAGCAGGGAACCGAGUGAGCCAGAGCUGAAGAGCUGGGCCAGGACGCUGAAGGCAGUGUCUUUGGCAGGGAGGAGAGUGGAAGAAGAGCCCCAGGCAUGGAGGGAGACCUUUGACUUGGAUGAUGUGGCUGGAGAGCUAGGGGUGACCUGGCCUGCACCUUAGGAGUGGGAGCUGCGAGCUGAGCCAGCCUUGAGAUGUGAACCCACUGCUCUUAGGAGGGAAGGGGCAAGGCAGGUUCCAGCAGACCCCACUAACUAGAGCCUGGAUUAUUGGAGAGAGGGCACCAGUAGAGGGUGGGGCAGAACGACAUUCCUACGUGGUCCCUGGAUCAGCCUUUUGCUGCUAAAGCCAACCCCCCGCUGCCAGAUUCUUUGGGGCAAGGGAGAAGCCAACUGUCUGUGGCUGUAGGGGACAGCCUCUGGAUGAUCCUCCCAGAUCAGUUCCACCAGGUCGUUGGACUGGUGCCAGAGAUCCCGGGGCUGCCACUGACAAGUUGGGAACCUGGACACAUGACUCAACCUUUCUGAGCCUCACUGUCCUUACCUGUAAAAUGGAGAGGAUAGUACCAGAUAGGGUUGCUGCGAUGAUUACAGAGACCAUGGAAUGGAGUGUUUAGGAAAUGGCAGAGAUUCGUGAGGGGUUUGUGUU